UGGCCUUGCAUCCACACAAGAACAAGCUAGAAACUAAUAAGCAAUCCACCAAGCGCAGGACCUAGCACAGACCCCAGAGCACUUAACUUCAAUCAAGCUGAGAGCAAUGGCUGCUGUGUCCAGGAAGUUGUCAGCUUCCGGAGCCGCCGUCCUCGCGUCGGCGGCGGUGGUGAUGGCGCUGCUGGCGCAGGCCGCGCCCGCCGCCGCGUUGGUGCCGUACGGGCGAGGGCUGGCGUGGGACCUGCUCGACGACCCGUUCCGGGUGCUGGAGCAGUCGCCGUUCUCGGCCGCCUCGGCGGCGCCGAGCAGGGUAGUGGGCGGCGGCGAGGCGGCGGCGCCCGCGGGGGUGGCGCUGGCGCGGUGCGACUGGAAGGAGACGCCCGACGCGCACAUCAUCUCGGUGGACGUGCCCGGGGUGCGGCGGGAGGACGUGCGGGUCGAGGUGGAGGAGAGCAGCCGGGUGCUCCGCGUCUCCGGCGAGCGGCGGGCGGAGGAGGAGAAGGAGGGCGAGCGGUGGCACCGCGCCGAGCGCGCCGCGGGGCGGUUCUGGCGCCGGUUCCGGAUGCCCGCCGGCGCCGACGUCGACCGCGUCGCGGCCAGGCUGGAGGCCGGCGUGCUCACCGUCACCGUGCCCAAGAUCGCCGGGCACCGCGGCCGGGAGCCGCGCGUCAUCACCAUCGCCGGCGGCGACGAGGACGGCGCGGAGGCGGCGGAGGUCAGGACGUCCAAGGCCGAGAUGCGAUAGUGAAUUCUAGGCCAAGAUGCAUGAGACGCUUCCAGUGAUGUGUUCCUGCUUGGGUUGACCGGGGUGUGCAUUUGUUGUACGUACACGUGUACGAUCAUCGUGUCCAGCCUGUUCUCGUACCAACCGUUGGAUCAAAGCCUAAUGAAUAGCCCAAGUUACUAGCUAUUUUUCUUUCCUA